GCGCCGGGUCACCGAGGCGGAGGCUAGAACGGAGGCACCCGCCCCCUUUCCCGUCGGGGAGGGGGCGCUCUGCCCCUCGCCUCUCUAUGGCGCCUGGUGUGGCUGGACCUCCCCUGGGACCUUGCAGGGCGAGUCUUAAAGUUGCAUGGAUCCUGACGACUUUGAUCUGGGAGAGUUGGCUUCCUCUACGACGCCUGGGAGGAAGAAAGGCCAGGACCUCUGGCAGUUGGUCGCAGGGGCCGGCCUAGCCAUAUACGUCCUGUGGGCGAGGCCCUUCGGCUUCCGCAGAGUGCCUUUCAGGUUACAGGUGCCGUAUGUGCCGUCGAGUGCCAAGCAAGUGGAGAACCUGAUGUCACUGCUGGAGGGGCGCUCGGGGAAGCUGGUGGAUUUGGGGUCAGGCGAUGGCCGAAUCGUGGUGGAGGCCUACCGACGCGGCUUCAGACCUGCCGUGGGCUACGAACUCAACCCCUGGCUGAUGCACCUCUCCAGCCUUCGUGCCUGGUGGGCGGGGUGCCAAGGGAAAGUGUGCUUCUGCCGCGAGGACCUUUGGAAGGCCGACCUCUCCAACUGCAGGAAUGUCACCGUGUUCCUGGCCCCCGGCCUGGUUCCUCUCCUGGAAAAAAAACUGCUCGCUGAACUGCCAGAAGACGCCUGCAUCGCGGUCGCUCGCUUCCCACUCGGAUGGACACCGAGCGGCGUGACCGGCAACGGCUUGGAAAGAGUUUGGGCCUACGACAUCAGAGCUGUACGGCAAGCCCAGCAGGGCACAACGGGAGAGCCCAGCGCUGGAGCCCAGUGAGAAAGAAUGGGUGCGCAAAAGGUUUUCCGCCUCUCUCGAUGGCCUGAAGGACAGCGAGACAAACUGCUGAUCACUGGCAGAUCUUGCUCAAAUUCAAGUUAAUGCCUUGAGUAAAUUUUUUUUUUUUGCAACUGUCAGCCAUUUUGAGAGGAUGUUGGAUGCUAAGAUGGAACCAAGGCAUGUUGGCUAACAACCACUUUGGGAAGAAGGCAGGUUGCUGGGUAUCCACUCACAGCAAAAGACCAGGGUUCGAAUCUUACUUCCCCUCACGGGCUCAGCAGCAGCACUGGCUCAUCUUGAUUUUUCAGCAGAAUCCCUUCCUCUGUAAAGCGUGAAUGGCAGCCUACCUCGCAAGGUGGUGGGUCGGGCAAACCUAAGACAGCGAAAAAAGCCACCAGCAAUAAGAGCUGCUAAAAAAGCAAAACUCUACACCUGUGCUGUGAAACUAGGCUGAGGUUUUGCAGAAGCAUGAGGAAAAUAAAAUGUAAUUUAUGUGGGAAGUAA